UGAGGAGAAGCAGGAGUGGUGGGAAUCCGUCAGUGAUUUCUCUCUGGCCCAUGAUGUAGAGAAGAAGCUGCAGGAUCCUGAAUACCUGGCCCACUACCGAAGGAAGCGAGUGAGCAGUCUAAGCACCGAGAGGAACGUAGAAACACUGGUGGUCGCUGAUAAGAUGAUGAUGGGUUACCAUGGAGAGACCAGUAUUGAAUCUUACCUCCUCACUCUCAUGAACAUUGUGGCCAAUCUCUACCAUGAUGGGAGUAUAGAGAAUGCUAUCAACGUUGUCGUCACCAGGAUGCUGCUCCUUACACAAGACCAGAGAAACCUGAGCUUGAGUCAUCUGGCUGGUAAAUCAUUGCAGAGCUUCUGUGAAUGGCAACAUGCCAUGAACCCAGCUCCAAACCACAACAUGAACAUCUCCAACGAUAUGCUGGUCUUUCCCAACCAUGAUAAUGCAGUGCUUAUUACAAGAUACGAUCUUUGCAUGAGAUUCAACCAGCCUUGCGGCACAAUUGGUCUUGCUCCUGUAGGUGUGAUGUGUAGACCAGACCAGAGCUGUAACAUCAAUGAAGAUACAGGACUAGCUACAGCAUUUACUAUAGCACACGAGAUAGGUCACAAUUUUGGUAUGAAGCAUGAUGGAGAUGGGAAUGCCUGUGGAUCAAUGGGAGGUAUCAUGGCGGAUCAGAUCACAGAGAACAGUGAUCCAUACUCCUGGUCUGAAUGCAGCGCUCAUUACAUCACAUCCUACAUUGAGUCGGGGAAGGCGAUAUGUCUUGACGAUGUUCCUCAGCUGGCAGACUACUGGUUACCUACAGCCAUGCCUGGUGAACUGGUGGAUGGGAACCAACAGUGUCAGCUCCAGUAUGGCCAGGGUGCCAAGGCAUGCAAUACCAAUAAUAUAUGUCGGGAGCUGGCUUGUCAGAAGCCAAACACAAGGGCUUGUUGGAGAACAGGAACUCCUGCUGCAGAGGGGACUCGAUGUCAAACAUCAAUUAUAUCAGAAGGAUGGUGCUAUCUAGGAGACUGUGUAGAGUAUGGGACUAGACCUCAAGCAGUAGAUGGUUCCUGGGGGACCUGGUCUUCAUGGUCAGAGUGUUCCAGGACCUGUGGUGGGGGCGUCUCAAACUCAGAGAGACAGUGCAAUAAUCCAGAGCCCAGAAAUCGAGGCCAGUACUGCACAGGAGAGAGAAGUAGAUACAGAUCAUGUAAUACCAAUGAAUGUCCUGAGAACUCGCGAGAUUUUCUUACCGUCCAAUGCUCGUCCUUCAAUAACGAGGUUUACCAUGGUCAGUUCUAUACCUGGGAGCCUUACGUGAGUCCCAACCCUGAGCCCUGUCAGCUCUCCUGUGUGUCGUCCGGUGGGAACCAUCUCAGGAGGAUACCUAAGGUGGUAGAUGGAACGAGAUGCUACUCUGAGAGAUACAAACCGGAGUCACUUGAUAUAUGCAUCAAUGGAAAAUGCCAUACUGUAGGAUGUGACAAGAUACUAGGCUCUGAAGCCAGGGAGGACAAGUGUCGUGUGUGUGGAGGAGAUGGUAGUUCAUGUGAAACAGUGGGAGGUACAUUCAACGGGGAGCUGGUAGCAGGAGACUAUCAAGAGAUCCUUACCAUCCCCAGAGGAUCUGUUCACAUCAGUCUACAGGAGAUGGCCAUUUCUAGGAAUUAUUUAGCACUGAAGUCAGUGAAUAAUGAUUACUACAUCAAUGCUGAAUGGAUGAUAGAUUGGCCUAAAUCCUACGACGUCGCUGGAUCUACAUUCAUCUACGAGAGACCAGACGAUGCCCCAGAGACUCUCAGUGCGCUUGGACCAACCAAUCAAGAACUUGUUGUCAUGUUGCUUGUUCAGGAGGAGAAUCAUGGAAUCAGAUAUUCCUUCAACCGUCCAGUGACGAGAACAAACCAGGGUGACAGACAGAUGGCCUUUACUUGGGAGAGGGGUGACUGGUCGCAGUGCUCUGUUACAUGCGCAGGAGGUGUAUCAAUAUCUGAGAUGCGGUGUGUCAGGGUAGACGAUGAAACUAUUGUUAGUGAUACAUUCUGUGAUCAUCCGAAACCUGAAAGAAGAACCAUCUCUUGUAACACACAGGCUUGUCCUCCAGAAUGGCAGAUAUCUGCCUGGUCUGAGUGUACUAGGACAUGCGGUAACGGAGAGAAGACCAGGACCGUUCUGUGUACCACCAAGGUGACCCAGCAUGAAGAUGAAGUGGUAGAUGAGUCGCUGUGUGAGGAACACAAACCAGCUGAGAUCAUGACGUGUGGGCACAGGGAAUGUCCACCGGUAUGGAUCACCGGACCGUGGGCGCAGUGUUAUCCUUCAUGUGGGCCAGGCCAUAAACAGCGUCAUGUUCAGUGUAUGAGCAGUGAUCGUAGACAGACCUACUCACACAUCAUGUGUAACAAAGCAGACAUGCCAGUCUACAGGAUGCCUUGUAACCUAGGGGAUUGUCCUCCACCUAGGUGGAUUGCUGGAGAUUGGAGCGAGUGCAAUACACGAUGUGGUAUGGGUCAGACGAACCGCCCUGUCAGCUGUAUGGCUCAGAACGGUGUCAUCCUUCGAGAUCAGAACUGCCAUGCUUCGGAGAGACCAAGCAGGCAAAAGCAGUGCGAGAGUCCAUGUGGUACAAUACCAGCACCACCAGACAGUUGCCAAGAUGCAAGCUCAGUCACAUACUGCCCUCUCGUCAAGAAAUUCAGAUUCUGCAACAACGAAUACUUCCGGAAAAUGUGCUGCAGAACGUGUUCCAGCUGAUAGGGUGGGUUUCGAUGUCAGGUGGUGAAGUCAUGUGACUGAUCAGGUGACAUGUACAAGGAUGCAGCAAGAACUCUCAUGAAUUAUGCAAAUUUCUUCCAUCCAACACUAUGCAGCAUUCUUUGUCUAUGUAUUUUGUAAGAGGGGAGAUAUGUAACCAAUUAGGCUUUCAUUCUAUUAUAUGUCAUGUGACUAUAUUAUUUUGGUCACCUGAUUUAUUGUUGGUCAUGUGAUGAAUAUGGAACAAUUAAGAAUCAAUUUGACUUCUUGUUUUCUGUGCAGUGUAAUAUGCAACAUGUAAGUUUUAGUGGGGGGAAGCAGACUGUUAAGAUGAUGAACCUCAUCUCUAUUUUCUAUAUUUUUGUAAUCAAUGUUUUGCUAUUUAAAAAAAUAUUGCAAAUGAAAAAAAACAUCUGUCAGAUAUAUGAAUGAUAACCAGCAGGUACAUACUUUGCAGGUGCCUUCCAAAAUGCACAGCCCUCCUAUCUCCUUAUACAAAAUAUAGCUUGGAAGACAGAGAAUAUUGUUAUGACUUUUUACUGAGAAUUUAUCAAUAUAUUGGAUUUAUCCAUCCCAUCAAGGUGCUUAUAAUGUUUAUUUUUACUGAUUGUUUUGCUGCACACUGGAGAAGCUCAGACAAAUAUUUUCAUGUAUAUUUUUUGAAAAUGUUUCUCUUAUUGUGCAGAUGUAUUGAAAUGAAUUACAUGUGUACAGCAACUAAACCAUUUAAGUAAUAUUUUAAUUGUAACAAAGUUAAUCUUCUUUUGUAAAAUGAAUUACUUUACUUCUUUAUUUGUAUAUUGAAUUUAGACAGGAGUAAACUAUUUAAAAAGUACUUAAUGUGAAAGUUUGUGCUGUGUGUGAUCUAGAAUAGUGAAAAGAUUUUGUUAGAUAAUAAGGCAUUACUUGGGCAGAUUUUUCUUCUGAAUAGGAAUGUUUGUGAAUUACAGAAGAAAUAAACAGUUCUUUGUUUUUUAUCAGUUACGAUCCAUCAUGCUUUAUGAUUAAUUGAAUCUGUAAUGAGUUUCGGUAGCCCUUUUAAAUCGGUCUUAACAUAUUAAGGUUUCUGAUAGAAGGUAUUGGUAAUACAACACAAAUAAAAAUAUGAGAAUACCAGAGAUUCAGAGAUUGGGGUACCACAGGGCUCAACAUUAGGUCCACUGCUGUUUGUUGUUUACAUUAAUAGCUUACUCUCUGCUUUCAUUGGUCAGUCAUGCAUGUUGAGGGCCAUAGGGCAGUUCACUCAUAUCACUUUCAGUAAAGUGUAACACCCUCACUUUUCUGAUGUGAUAUGAUGUUAUAGAUAUUCUCUCCUUAUCAAGGUAGGAAUACUAUGCCUUUUUACAACCACGUGUAACUGAAGAGUCAUAAGUAAUAGAUUAUACACAUGAACUUAUUACAUACCAGAGGCCUCUAAUGACAUCACACUUAUUAAUUAAAUGAUAAAGAUUUGAUGCUUUUAAUUAUGUUUACUUGUUCAAAUACGUGUAGGUGUGUGUGAGGGGAUUGAGGAAAUUGUUGGAUUUUUCAGUAUUUUAUACAAUUUGGUGCUCAAGAAAUCAUUGUUUUGGGGCUUGUUUUUAAUAAUGACACUGCAUUAUGAUAGCAAUGGAUAAAAGAGGAUCUAUAAGUAAUGUAUACUGGUUUUCGAAGUUGAGUUAGGAAAGGACAUCCCACAAAAUUCUUACUAUCAGCAUCUUAUAUUGAUCAAAUAUUUAAAAAUAUUGCAUGUUCAUUGCAAAAGUCACGCAGUUUUUAAUGUAUUGACAACAUGCAAAACAUACAUGUCUAUGAUGAAUUUGAGUACUAUUUGCUAUUGUUUAAUUGUAUUUUCAUACCAGCAUUGCUUAUUUCUAAAUUGAUUUGAUUUGGAUUCAUAAUUUCUUAUAUUUACAGUUAUUUAAUACAACCCUAAAGUAACAUUUGUUCAGCAUAUUCUUUGUUUAAAUAUUGUCUUAGAACUUAAUAAUUUUACAAUUAUAAAUGAUUAUUGCUCAACUAUAAUUUGUAAGAUGACAAUGUAGAUGUUUAAUAUAGGGGAUUAGCUGCUGAAAAAAAUAAAAUCACUUUUGGGGGGAUUAAUGAUGGAAUGUGAUUGGCCAUUUAAUGAAACUGAGAAUAUGUGAUACAAAAAGCAUUUAUUAACCUAAGCUGUACAUAAAAUCUGUAUAUAAUAUUUGUAUAAAACAGCAUUUUGCAUCAAUGUGUACACACCUCCAAAUAAAAAUAUAUGAAUAUAUAAAUAUAUAACAAAAUUAUCUAUAUAUAAUAUGUGAUAUAGCUAUAGGGUGUAUGAAGGGUGAUGCUCUAUACGAGGAAGUUAACAUUUGGGGGAAAAGAGAAGUCACUGUUUUUAUAUGUUAUUUAUUGAUAUGCAAAACAUGAGAAGAAUUUGCUUUUCAUGAUGAUGUUAUUUGUGCUAUAAUGGCUGCUGUAUUGUAAAAGCUAAAUGUUUUCAACUGUUUUACAUGCUGUUUAAGCAACUAACAAGUAAGGUAUCAGAGGUAUUAUAAUAAGAAGAUGAGUCUCGUUUUAUCAAAUUACCAUAUCUCUAUAUUGAUUUAUGGGAAUAAUGUCUUCAUGAAGUUAUGUUCCAUGAUCAUAACCUAGUACCAGAUGCCAGAUUUUCUUGAUAUUUAGCAUGACACGCUUUGAUCACACACGAAACGUUUUAAACGAAUAUUCUAACUGCUAGAUCAUGUCAACUUUAAACAAAGUUUGUAAUAAAAACCAAUGUUUAUUUAUAUUAUGCAAGACCCUCUGCAAAGGACAAUAAUAUUAGUGCCUUAUGAUCAGUCUAAACACAUGAGAUAUCAUUGGUUGACAACCAGAAGAGUGUUGGCUCUGUGUAAAGUAUACAAGUUAAUGCCAUUCGGUCACUAAGCAGCCAAUAUCGUUUGUCUAAUAUCAAGAAAGUGGCUUCCUGGCAGUCCAAAUAAACAAGCAGGAUUUGAAGUUUUUGGAGUAGAUCUGAAUACCCACACAGCUACUCUACUCACUAUACAAGGCAAUGUAUUUCAUGAAUGCCCUCUAUUUUGGGACAAACUAUAUGAUUUAUUCAUCUCUGGAUAACACUGAUAGGGUGGGUGUCAUGUCAGGUGGUGAGGUCAUGUGACUGAUCAGGUGAAGAAAUACUAUUCAAUUGGUGAUAAAACAAAGUUUCUUUGUACUUAAACAAAAACAAUGCUUAAGUCAAAGUAUUUCUGUUGAAAGCAUUGUAAAAUGUAUUCAUUAUUGGCGGGUUAUUUCUGAAGUUUAAAUUUGUUAUAAACAUGGUUGAGUAAUGUAGAGAUAACUAUUUUUUGUUACAUCUAGUUUUUUUUAAUCAUCACAUUUACAGCCUUUAUUAAAAUGCUGCAGAGAAUUUCUAUUCUACUUGUAUUUUUUGUUACAAUACUAAACAGUAUUCUUGUCGUGUAUCAAUUUUGAUAAACGAAACACCAAAAUCCGGCCUUGUAUUCUAUUAUCAUGCUAUAUUCAUGUGUAGGAAUUGCAUUGUGUUGAUGAAUCAGCUAUGUAGUCAGUUGGUUUUGUAGUAAACUUGUUUUUGUUACAUUUUCAUCAGUCUUACUGCUGAAUCCCCUUUUAGUAUUCUAUAAGCCUCAUGUUUUGAUCACAUAUGUGAUAAAGCAAGUUUUGGAAUCUGCCAUAGUUGCAGUAACUUGCAUCUUGUGGGUGGUGUAUGAUAUGGAUGGUAUGUAGAUUCACCAAGUAAAUGAUUAUAGUGUUUGUAGUAAAUUAUACUUUGUCUUUUCAUUUGUUUAUCUUGUGCUGCGUUCUGUUUCUCAUAUUGUGGCCUUUGAAGGGGGUGAAAGGAUUUAUUCAUGGUGUGUGUUGGAUCACAUGUUCAAGUAUUUCUAUGCAACUUUUCACCCUGCAAUGUUUUGUAAUAUUCUCAUUUUUCCUUCAUGUAGACAUUUUCUACUGUUUUGUGUUUUGCAUCAAAAUUAAAUGUCACUUAUAUAGUAUGUACAACCAUCAAAACAUA